ACUAGUAUUCUUGAAUACCUGAUACCUUAUUAAUAAAUAAAUUCAUAUGAAGGAGUAUUGUAACCGGAGUGUUUAAAUACAAUCUAUUUUCGGUGAAGCGAGUCGGACAAGGUGCAUAAUUUAAAUUUUAUGUAAGACAAGAAAACUAGAAUGAUGAAACGUUUAAAAAGGCUGGUGUGCGCUUCUAAAGAUGUUUUUCCACCUAUUUUACAAGACGGAGGCACCUCUGGACAGGAUGACAGGGCUACUUCUUACGGCGACCAUAGGACACGUGAAAGUUCGUGCCAAAAGUGCAAAGACUAUAAGGAAGAACUACGAGCCCAUGAGAAAACAACACAUGAGCUGAACGCAGCAUGCAAGACAUACCUUGACACUAUAGAACACCUAGAUGUGAAGAAUGAGAAGCUUAAAGAGGCGUCCGAGAUACUUACUAGGAAGAUGGCAUGUGUACUGGAAGGAAGUGACAAGUUGGAACGUUUGGACGACAAGUUCUCCAACACAAAACUAGCCCAACACUUCGACGGUGACAUUAAAAAGCUAUGGGAGGAUUUGAACGAGGCGAUUGUUGACGACGACCAAACCAUUAGCGAGGUUCAUCGUUUGCAUAUGGUUUCUGAAAUCAUGAAGGAUGUCUAUAAACGAUGCAAAGACAGAGCUGAUCAGCACAUUCGACAAUUUUGCUUUCUUGGAGAAAAAGAGUCAUUGCCGAACCGUGCAGAAAAUACUGAUAUUUCUUCAAAUGAAUUUGCUGCCAUCCUGAAGUGUAGACGCAUUUAUGGUCAGAAGGAGUCGGUGUUAGCUACUGUGAAGCAGACGAUUACGGAUGCCGUAUUAGAUGGACAAGCAUCGAAACGUAUUACAACAUGUGAAAAGAUGUCAGCGAACACAAAACACAUGCUCACAAAAUUCAUUGAAGAUGUUUCUGAAUGCUGCUGGUUAAUGGUCAUAUCAAAGCCAUCGCUGUGUCUCAACUUUAACGUUGUAGGACAGAAAUACGAGAAUCUUGAAAACAGAUUUGUUGCCAUAGCAACUGAGGAGAAUGUCACCAGCUCUAAACACCCUGAAGGGUCGGUCCAUAUGGUUGUAUGGCCCUCCGUCGAGCUGGAGGAAAGCAAAACAGGCUUUAUGGUGAAAGGGGAAGUAAUCCUUGUGUCAGACAAAACGUCUACACCAGACACAGAAUAGGUUCAAUGAUUGAAUUUGUAAUUACAAAAUAAAACUGGGGUUCGUUUUAUGCAGACUCAGCAAGGUUUAUACAUGUGCUACUGUUAACAGUGUUUUUAUUCUAUUUUGUGGAGAAUCCCAUAACAAACGUUAUCAUUGAAACGUUAUUACAAUGUUUUUUAUUUGUGCUGAUGUGAUUCAGAGAGUUUGAAGGAUAAAAUACGAGUGGUAUAUAUAAUGCCAAUUUAAUUUAAGGGCAAAUCUCUGCUGUUUCAUUUAAGAAGGAUCAACUUAAUUUUUUCAUUCACCAACUAUCAUAUAUUUGAUCUUUAUGAAUUGUUUGUCCAUUUUUAGUUUAUUUGUCAAUCGAUACAUGUUAUCAUUUUUUUCAUUUAAAAAUAAACUUUGUCGACAAAUUUACUGUGUCCU